AUGGCCGCUACUCUCAUCACUUCUUGCCCAACUUCAAAAACCACCAAAUGGUUUUCUUUUGUCUCCACAGAGCCUAAUAAUACCAAGCUUCUCCAACCAACAACUCAAAAAUCAAUUACUUUGGAUAAUCGCAUCGUUUUUCCUUCUAUAAAUACAUAUUCUGCCAAAGAUGGGUGUCUUACAGACUCUCAUUUGUUACAUUAUGGAUCUUUGGCUGCUCAUGGCGCAGGAUUAAUUAUUAUCGAGGCGACAGCUAUCGAAGCAUGUGGACGGACUACGGCAUACGAUUCUGGCAUCUGGAAAGACGAACAAGUCGAGCCUUUAAAGCGUGUAGUAAAUUUGAUCAAGGCGCAGGGAUCAGUUCCUGGUAUUCAGCUUUCUCACAGCGGCCGUAAGCUAUCUAUCGUACCACACUUAAUUUGUAGCCGUGUGACUCCAGACGAAGACGACGACUCGCCAGAAGAAAAAUAUAGCGCCUGUGAUCUCAAAUAUACGGGUAGCGAUCCACAGCCAAACGAACUCACGGUAACGGAGAUCAGAGCUAAUGUACAAAAGUGGGCUGAUUCUGCAAUUCUUGCCAACAGAGCUGGCGUAGAAGUUCUCGAGAUUAAUGCUGCUAAUAGACAUCUGCUUCAUUAUUUCUUGUCUGGAAAUCUAAAUAAUAGAACUGAUUUCUACGGUGGAUCUCUUCAGAAUCGAAUGCGUUUUCCAUUGGAGGUUGCACGGGCUGUUCGUGCUGCUUGGCCAGACGAAAAACCUCUUUGGUUUCGCCUUCCUGCAACUGAUUUUUCUGAUUCUGAUCCUCUAAGCUGUGACCGUGAUGGCUGGGAUAUUUAUCAAGCUAUUGAGUUUUGUAAGGAGCUGAAAAAGAUCGGCAUAGAUGCCAUUGCAAUUGCCAAUGGUACCACUACAAUGAAUAUCAAGUACCCCGCACCUUCCACAUGUCAAGCCCAAUUGGCCAAUGUUAUCAAGCAUGAAGUUGGUAUCCAAACUGGAGCGACUGGAUCAACAUGCGCUGGUGAAGAGGCAGAGUACAUACUCCAAAAAUAUCAAGCUGAUUACAUCAUUGUCGGUAGUGGAUGUAUUCUUAAAACUUGUUUUCCUAAAAAAGAUACUCCUAAACUCUUGGCCGACAAGAUAUCGCUUUCUGAAUCAGGCAGUUUAAUAGAUAGCAUGUAUAAACUGUCUAUUUGA